AUGAACAGGGGCCGGCUCUCUCAUACGCAACCAACAUACGAUUUUCUUGCCGGAAACUCACCAUCCCGGAUGCCUAGAAGCCCAUUACGACGAAGCACUCUGGCCAGCGAUUCAGGUGUGAAGCCAGAUGUCGGAAACGAAGAGCUACGCGUACAAAUAAGUACCCUGAAAUACGACCUUGAGAACAUAAAGCAAGAAAAAGACCUUACUGCGCUUCAACAUGAGAAAGAGUUAAGGGAGCUACAAGCCAGAGCCGAUGCGGACUUCCGCAGAGCGCAGGCGGCAGAAAGUAGUAAUAAUAAAACUCAGCAUAAGAUUGAAUCCCUUACCGAAGAACUGAAAAAUACACAGGAGGCUGCGAUUAGCGAAAAGUCGUCGUGGGAAAGGAGAUUGAGGACAUUACAGGAUGAAAAUGAAACUCUACGUGAGGAAUCAGACGAUUAUCAGUCGCAGCUUGCGGACCAGCAGCGCCAAUUCAAGCAUCGGAUCGAUGAAUUGGAAGCUAUCAGGUCCGCCCUGCAAAAGACUUUGGAUGAACUACGGAGUGAUCUCCAGGAGGUAACGAGCAACCUACAAACGGCGCAGGGCAGACUCGAAGAACGGGAAUCCGAGGUAGAAGCUUUAGAAACGGAGAAUAUUCGUUUGAAGGCGGAAGGAACAGAUCCCGAGGCGCUGUCUGUGUUGAAACGAGAAUUAUCCGAACAACUGGCACAAGUUAAGCGCCUCGAGAAUGAACUGCGGCCGCUCCAAAAGUCGCAGAAGAGAGUGGAGGUUGUGGAGGAACAAAAGAUGGCCCUUGAGAGCCAGCUUCAGAUGAUGAAGCGUGUUGAGGCGGAAUUGCAUAAUGUGCAAAUACGGAAUCAAGUGCUGGAAGAUGAGAAACGUUCUUGGGAUAAUUUGCUACAAGGGACGGACCAGGAGGCAGAAUUUGAGACUCCUGAAGCUAUUGUUAGAGCGCUUGUGCAGACUAGGAUUGAGAAUACUUCUCUAGUAGAGAGAAUAGGUCACAUUCAGUCUGAGGCAACGGAGAAGUCUGAACUAGCUGUGAGAUUGGAAAGUGAAAAACUUUCCCUUCAAAAGGACCUUGAAAAAUUACGUUCAAAUGGUGCGGCUAGUACAACUUCUUCGUCUUCAUCAGGCUCCGAAAGCCGGGCUAGACUCCGACUGGAACGCCAACGAAUGCUUGCGCUGAAAGAAGUGGAAUAUCUACGAGCACAGCUAAAGGCCUUCGACGACGAAGAAACGACUAUGAAUGUUGAGGAGAACCGUUUCGAUUCUCAAAAGGCUGAGCAUAUCGCACACUUGGAAGAGCUUCUAAAUCAACACCGCCAGGAACUUCAUGAAUUACAUGAGCAGCUCUCGAAGAAAGAGGCAGAGGCAAUCCCUGCUACCGAUUCACAGACAACCACGUCGCGGGGAACUAAACGGCCGCUUUCACCCGCUGAUAGUGAUGCGGAGAAUGAACGAGUAGCAGUCCUAACUCGCAAGUACCGUUCCGCUCAAGAGUCCUUAUCCAAAUCAGAACAAUCUGUCAAGCUACUUACACGAGAACUGGAAGCGACCAAAUCCCACCUCUCUUCUCUCCAGGCUCAGUCCCGUACUCGAAUCCUAGAGUUCCGCGACAACCCAACCGCGCAGGCUGAGAAGAUUAAAAUGAGUACGCUAAAAACGCUCAAGGCAGAAAACACUGACCUUCUUAAUCAAAUCCGCGGUGCUCGCGCAAAUAUCAAAUCGGUCCCGGCCACGGUUCUUGAAAGUAUGAAGUUAGAGCUCCAAGAAGCCGGUAAGGCAGUUGCCGAAAAGGAUAAACGUAUUCGACGGCUUAAGGAGAUAUGGACCGCUAAGUCUUCUGAGUUCCGGGAGGCCGUGGCCUCAAUCCUUGGGUAUAAACUUGACUUUAUGCCUAAUGGUCGUGUAAGAGUGACGUCCAUGUUCCAUCUCUCUCCAGCUUAUAGACAUGGUGAUUCUGGUGGCUCUGCCGACGGGCCCGGAAGUAUGGGAGAUGGCGAAGAGAACUCAAUCAUCUUUGAUGGUGAGAAUGGGACCAUGAAAAUAUCUGGCGGACCUAACAGUCUGUUUGCACUUGAAAUUCGCGACCUCAUUAAAUUUUGGGUCGAAGAAAGGAAAGAUAUCCCUUGUUUCCUGGCGGCAAUGACCCUGGAAUUUUAUGAUAAAACGACAAGGGCUCUGCGUAUGUAG